UUAUCUUCCCCUUUUUUCUCUAUAAAAACCAAUGUAGACUUAUUGCCAUUUUCUCAUUACAAAAAAUAUUACUGUGCUAAUUUCUUCUUCUUACAGCCCAAUAAAUUAAUUAUUCGCAGCGAUGGCAAUGUUAGGAGGUAUUACCGAUGUUCCUGCAGGAUCCGAAAACAGCGUUAAGUACCAAGAUCUUGCUCGUUUUGCUGUCCAGGAUUUUAAUCAGAAACAGAAUGCUCUUUUGGAGUUUGUAAAGGUUUUGAGUGUGAAGCAACAAGUAGUUAGUGGAAUGAUGUACUAUAUAACACUUGAGGCAAUUGAUGGUGGAAAGAAGAAAACAUAUGAAACCAAGAUUUGGGUGAAGGAAUGGGAGAAGUUCAAGGAAGUUCAAGAAUUCAAGCUUGCUGGUGAUGCCCGAGGGAGCUAAUUAACUAUUGCUUGGUGUAUGAAAUUACUCUUAUGUUGGAGAUAAAUAAAGUCAUUUUUAUGUGGAAGUAUUUGGAUGUCGUAGUGUAAGUGUGUAGUGUAUUCUCCAGGGAGCUAAUUAACUAUUGCUUGGUAUAUGAAAUUAUUCUUAUGUUGAAGAUAAAUAAAGUCAUUUUUAUGUGGAAGUAUUUGGAUGUCGUAGUGUAAGUGUGUAUAUACACUACUAUAAAGUUUUUAAGGUAUUGAAAAUGUUACUUAGUUCAA